AAAUUAAUUUCCAUAUGACCCUAAGUGUUGAUAAUAAUCAGAAAAUAUUUAAACACAUAUUGCAGAUUAUGGAGUAAAUUUAUUCUGUAGAUAGUGGACUGAUACUGCAUCAACAGUUGCAAAUUCUGCAAAUAAGCUAGUUAAAAUAAUGGAAAGAGAGGUUUUGCUUCCAAUACCUGCCUGCUGCAAUCUGAGUCUUCAAGCUCGUAGAAGGGACAGAGAAAAUUCAAUGGCGAAUGGUCAUAAUACUGUAAAUACUAUCAAUUCUGGUUCAGGAAGUUUGUCCAGAGAAGAAAGAAGACGCCGACGGAGAGCUACUCAAAAAUAUAGAACAGCACAUGCAACACGCGAACGAGUAAGAGUAGAGGCCUUCAAUCUUGCAUUCGCCGAACUUCGGAAGCUGCUCCCAACUUUACCGCCGGACAAGAAGCUCUCCAAAAUCGAAAUUCUUCGACUAGCUAUUUGCUACAUUGCAUAUCUCAAUCACGUUCUCGAAGCGUAAUUUCUCAUUUAAAAACUUCAAUUUGAAAAUCGCAAAGACUCAAUGCAAUUUCAAAA